AUGGCUUGUUGGUCUGCUGAGAAUGCCACCAAAGCCUACCUUAGCACCUUGAAGAUGGGACAUAGAGCUAAAGAGCCAGAUGUAGCCGAGUUUAUUUCAGCCCUAGCUGCAGGCAACAAUGCCCAACUUAUGGUUGUUGCCUGCGCCAGUGUUACCAGCUCCACCGCCCUAGCCCUAGCGGCCGCGGCUCAUCAAACCGGUGGCCGUGUCGUUUGCAUCCUCCGGGGGCUCGAAGAGCUACACUCAUCCAAAAUGCUGUUAGGCCUUGAUGCAUGUCACAUUGAGUUUGUUGUUGGGGAAGCUCAGACUCUCCUAUUAAAUGACUACAUGGAAGCCGAUUUCGUCCUCAUCGAUUGCAAUCUUGAGAACCAUGAAGGGAUCCUGAGAGCGGUCCAAGCCGGUGGGAAGCCUAAUGGGGCUGUUGUUAUUGGAUAUAAUGCAUUUGGAAAGGGGACAUGGAGGGUGAACGGAUCAAAAACUCAGCUGUUGCCGAUUGGAGAAGGGUUGCUGGUAACCAGAAUAGGUGCCAAGGCAAAGGUUAAUGGUAGCUGUGGUGGGGUUGGGAAGAGGAGUCAUUGGGUUGUCAAAGUAGAUAAAUGCACAGGUGAAGAACAUGUGUUCAGGGUCAGAUUUCCACAAGGGAAACGAAUAGAAGCUUAG